GAGUGAAUUAAAUAAGUAAAUCAUGGCAGCAACAUCCGUUGGCAGCCUGAUGGUAAUUACAUGCAUGAGCAUCCUCCUUUUGGCACCUGCAGCAUCCAAACUACCUAAGCCUGACAUACAUCUUUUAGAGUUUCCUUUGAACUUAGAGUACUUGGAAGCUGAGUUCUACUUAUAUGGAUCCAUGGGUAUGGGUAUGGAUCAGAUCCAACCCAAUCUUACUGGAGGCGGACCGCCACCCGUGGGUGUAAGGAGGGCUAAUCUUAGUCCUCUAGUCCGAGAUAUAAUUGCUCAAUUCGGUUACCAAGAAGUUGGCCAUGUCAGAGCAAUAAAAAGCACAGUGGCUGGAUUUGCUAGGCCGCUGAUGAAUCUAAGUGCAGCGUCAUUUGCAAAUGUUAUGAACAAUGCAUUCGGAAGGCCCUUACAUCCACCCUUCGAUCCCUAUGCCAACGAUAUAAAUUAUCUGAUUGCGUCCUACGUCAUCCCUUAUGUUGGCCUCACAGGUUAUGUUGGUUCAGCUCCACUGCUCCAAACUCCUACUGCAAAAAAGCUUGUAGCCGGUCUUUUGGGAAUAGAAUCAGGGCAAGACGCGGUUCUUAGAACUCUUCUUUACCAACGGGCAAAAGAAAGGGUGAUUCCAUAUGGUGUGACAGUAGGUGAAGUUACCGACAGGAUUUCAGAGCUACGAAACAAGUUAGGUGACGCUGGCCUAAAAGAUGAAGGACUCACCAUCUUAGACAUAGGAGGGAAGAUAAGAGGAAACAUUUUGUCUGCUACUAAUACAUACUCACUGUCAUAUGCUCGAACACCAGAGGAAGUAUUGCGUAUCGUGUAUCAAACUGGAAAAGAACAACUUCCUGGAGGUUUUUUUCCUUACGGCGCUAAUGGGACAAUUGCUAGACAAUAUCUCAAGUCACCCAAAAUCUGAACUUAUUUUUAUUAUUAAUUUCUCUUAAUAUUUGAAAUAAAACAUAUCAUAUUAAUGCAUACUUUAUAACUUACAUGAGUAUUGUUUCUUUUUUCUAUCUCAAUGAAAAACCAUCUUUCUUUUUAUUUCAUACC